AUGAACUCUGAUGCGUCAGACGACGAUAGUGAUGAUCACUAUUUCAGGCAUGUUGUCGCGGCUGCCACUUUGUUAUGCGUCAGAUUUGUGUAUAGAGAACCAUCACGCCGAAGGCACACUUCUAGUUGGGGAGAUUUUACUGCCAUCGAUCCUCACAUAAUUGCAGGUGAGAACAAGUAUUCGCCGUGGUUCGAUGAUUGUGUUGGAGCACUAGAUGGUAUGCACGUUUCAUGUGUGCCUCCCCGUGAAACGGCUGAACUUUACAGGAAUAGGAAGGGAUAUUUCUCGCUUAAUGUGCUUGCAGUUUGCUCAUUUGAUAUGAGAUUUACGUACAUGCUAUCUGGAUGGGAGGGUUCAGCACAUGAUGCGAGAGUACUUGCGUCCGCGUUAGAUCACCCACGGAAGCGAUUUUCGAUUCCGCCACCAGGAAAAUUCUACCUCGUCGACUCAGGCUACGCAAACAACGGAUGUUUCAUGGCACCAUAUCGGGGAACAACAUAUCAUUUGCAAGAGUAUAGGAAUCGACGGGGUAGAGGCUUCCGCAGUGAACGUGAAUUGUUCAACUACACGCACUCCUCCCUGCGUAAUGUAAUCGAAAGAACAUUUGGUGUGUGGAAGGCCAAAUUUCGUAUUUUGAAAACCAUUAACCGUUACCCCAUUGAAAAGCAAGUUAAGGUUCCGGUUGCAUGUGCUAUAAUUCAUAAUUUUAUCCAUAUGUACCGUAAUGGAGAUACACUAUUAGAUCAGUACUCACAGGAUGGCGUUCCGGUUGCUGACAUUGAUCCACAGAAUGUUGAAGAGGAUAUCAAUGACAAUAAUAACCACGAAGGACAACCAUUAAAUAAUGAACCGGAACUGGAGAUGAAUGCGUUAAGGGAUGCAAGAACGCAUACAAUGUGGGCAGUGUACCGUAAUCGUCGUACGGGCUAA